UAACUGCCUGCUGCAAGGACCCUGGACGAGGUUAGGCGCUUUGCGACGUUUAUCUUGCCUGCCUCGCUAAGCGGUUCCAGCAUCGACCCACUUUCGCAGACUGGGAAACGCGCCUGACUCCAGAGCUUGUGUUUUCCUCACUGCACUUGGGUACAGCGUUUCAGGAGGGCCUGGCGAACCUCGCAGAACCAGGUCACCCCUCUCAGUCUGUGGCUCUUAGCUGUCUUACAUGCGCUGGCCUUUGCAUACGCUGUUCUUUCCCCUGGGAACCUCCAUCCCCGUCUUUGUCUGCUUUUGAACUUCAGAAUCUGCAACUGUCAGCUCAGAGGUCACUUCUUCCUGAAACUUUCCUCAACACCCUCCCAGCCCCUCUGCUGCUGCCCUCAGGCCGUCCUCUCACAGCACUGAUAACAGCUCUCCUUGCCAGAGGACAGAGGACAGGGACAGAGCUGCUGUUCUCUGUGUGCCAAGGCCCAGCAAAGGGAAUGUAGGGAGGUGGGAGGUGCAGGGCAGCUGGGGUUAGGGGCUGACGGCUGGGUGUUGGAGGCUGAAUCCUGCUCUAGUGGAAGUGUCCCUUUAACAGCAGCUGCCUGGCCUGGCUCGGGCCCUGCUUUGCCUCCUGUUCUGCUGUGCCUGCAGCUGCCAUGCUGACUCAUGUGCCCGCAGCUAGCAGGAGCUGGCAGCAUGGGCUCCCCAGGGGCCACGGUAGGCUGGGGGCUUCUGGAUUAUAAGACGGAGAAGUAUGUGAUGACCAGGAACUGGCGGGUGGGCGCCCUGCAGAGGCUGCUGCAGCUUGGGAUCGUGAUCUAUGUGGUGGGGUGGGCUCUCCUCACCAAAAAAGGCUACCAGGAGCGGUACCUGGACCCCCAGGUUUCCAUCAUCACCAGACUCAAAGGGGUUUCUGUGACUCAGAUCAAGGAGCUUGGAAACCGGCUGUGGGAUGUGGCUGACUUCGUGAAGCUGCCUCAGGUGGGGGCUCUGGUGCUGCUGACAGGGCUGCAAGUCCUUUGCCCACCAAGAGCUUGGACCCCUGCCAUGCAGCCAGUGUGUGCGAGAGAGAAGCAUGUGAUGCCAGAGAUGGCUGGGGGGGUGUUGGGGGUUCUCAGGAAGGGCUUCACAGAGGAGUAGCUCCUGGACAGGACUUUUGGGGAUGUAUAGGAGGUUUCUGGGUGGGAAAAUGGUCUGGUCAAGAAGCCGGGCCAGAGAGACUGCAUUUCCAAAGGUUGCCAACAGAAAAGAAAGGAGUAUCUGGGACUAAUGGCUUGAGCUUGAGAGUGGUGUGGGAGGGGCGUGGGGGGCUGGAGCCUGGAACUUCCUGCAGCCCUGCUCCCUCACCUGGGGAACCCUGGUCAGGUGC